CCCGAAACAAAACGCACUGAUCGCGGUAGCUAGCUGGCUAGAAGGAAGCCCGCCUUUCGGUGGGCUAUGAAGAUGAUGGGCUAUGCUAUGAAGAUGAUGCAAUUGCAAUCGGGUUCCCAACUAUCCCGCAGUUGUUGUCCGAGAGCUGGGGGACGGAGAGAUCCAUUGCCCACUGUGUUUUGUGGAGGCCCCCCUUGCUUUGGCACUGAAUUUCUCCAUCCCCCUGGUCCACAUCAGAACGGCUCAAGUUGAUGCGUAAGAUACCCAAGAGGUCCCGAUUUUCAUGCCACCUGUCGCCUCAAAAUAUCCGGGAGGUAAAGUAAACUAUGAAGUUUAUUUUUUAUCAUAAUACCUUUACUCCCAGCUUAUAGCUGGCACGAAUGAGCAACGUGGCCAUCACCGGUGCUUUUCUUUCAAACACCUUUGCUGACAAUGACACUGUAAUGCUUGCGUCGUAUGCAUCAUCUACUAUCUGUCUUUUCUGCCGAGGAGUCAACCACAAGACACGGCCGAGUCAUUGCUUCUUGUCUGCAGACAGCAUCAGGAUCGGAGUCGAGUCAACCAAAGACAGGUAGAUUCAUAGAUUCCAAUUUCCUUUUCUACAAGAAUCAAUCACAAACAACAUCGUAUCAAGAACCCUUCGAGCACACUCAGCAAACAAACUUUCCAACCGACCAUGACGACUAGCAAGAUGUAUAUCGCUCUCUUGGCCGCGGCACAAGCUCCACUGGUCCUGUCCUUCCAGGUGCAACAUUCAAUGGCCCCGCCCCAUACUAGACAAAUCCACACACGACGCCUGGAACCUCUGAACUCGGCCAUUUUGUCGGAAAUUGACUCGCUUUGGCAAACAUAUCCCUACACGGCAGCUGCACUGGUCUGCGGAUUCAAGGCUUCGGCUGCGGAUUUAGUGGCGCAAGUGAACGAGGUCAAAGAUCAAGAAGAAGAAGGCGACGAGAGUAGUCAAUCCACAAGGUUGUCCGAAGCGGAAAUCCUCCAGAGAACGGCUUCCACCCAAGCGUUGCAGCAGCAAGCCCUGGAAGAAGACGCCACCUUUUCGUUCUUAUCCAAUGCCGACUGGACGCGUAACGCUGCAUUUAUAGCAUACGGGGUGCUGUACCAAGGGAUCACACAAGAAUACUUUUACAAUCAUCUUUGGCCACAGCUGUUUGGUACGGAUACCGGCGUUACCACGGUGCUGAUCAAGGUGGCCUUUUCCCUGUUGGUACAAGCUCCCCUCUUGACGUUGCCGUCGCUGUAUGUCUCCAAGGCACUUAUAGAAGGCUUUUCCUUCCAAGAGGCAGCGGAUCAAUACUUUUAUGAUCUGAGAUAUCAGGGAUUGCUGCAAAAGUUUUGCCUUUUAUGGGCACCUGUACUCGGUCUGAUCUUUACUGUGAUCCCGGAGCAUUUGCGGGUCACCGUUAUUGCGGCCGUCUCCUUCUUUUGGCUCAUUGUCCUGAGCAGCAUUUCGAGUAACGACCGAGACCCAGCACAAUUGGCAGCGGAAGAGUAACUAACUUGAUAGGAGUCGAAUAUACCCACACGAGGUACGAAUCCAAAAAUAAACGAGCUACGAUACACGAUAUAAUAUAAAUAUGCAUAAUAGCGACGAUAGCACUAGAAAGGGACUGCAUCUCUGCGUCGAGUAUUAAAACCUGAUCUCACAAUUC